AAAAAAGAUCUUCAGAUCCGUUUUACUUGAGAGGGAAGAGACGAAUAGUUUUAAUUAGUAACAAAAAAAAAAGAUGAUGAAGAUGAUGAGAAACAAACCGACAAAUCUUCCGACGGCGGUGACUAAUGGCGGCGGUGGUAGAGGUUCCGGCGGCGGCAGGGAGUCAGGCGGUCAUGAUUGGGAAAUGAGACCUGGUGGUAUGUUGGUUCAGAAACGUAACCCGGAUUUGGAUCCUGUUGGAGCUCCACCACCGCCGUUGAUCAGAGUUAGAAUCAAGUACGGUGCCGUGUACCAUGAGAUCAAUAUUAGUCCUCAAGCUUCUUUUGGGGAGCUAAAGAAGAUGUUGACUGGACCAACGGGUAUUCAUCAUCAAGAUCAGAAGCUAAUGUAUAAAGAUAAAGAGAGGGAUUCGAAGGCGUUUCUCGAUGUUUCGGGAGUGAAAGAUAAAUCCAAGAUGGUGCUUAUGGAAGAUCCGAUUAGCCAAGAGAAACGGUUUUUGGAGAUGAGGAAGAUUGCUAAAACUGAAAAGGCGUCGAAAGCGAUAUCGGAUAUUAGCCUUGAAGUUGAUAGGCUCGGCGGACGUGUUUCGGCGUUUGAGAUGGUAACUAAGAAAGGAGGGAAGAUUGCGGAGAAAGAUCUUGUUACGGUUAUUGAAUUGUUGAUGAAUGAGUUGAUUAAGUUGGAUGCGAUUGUGGCUGAAGGAGAUGUGAAGUUGCAAAGAAAGAUGCAGGUGAAGAGAGUGCAGAAUUAUGUCGAAACACUCGAUGUCUUGAAGGUGAAAAUGGCAAAUGGGCAACAGAAACAGUUAGGUGCUCAGCGACUUGCACCGAUUCAAGAACAUAACAAUGAAGAGAGACAAGAACAGAAACCGAUACAAUCGCUCAUGGACAUGCCGAUACAAUACAAAGAGAAGAAGCAAGAGAUUGAAGAGGAGCCUAGGAAUUCAGAGUCAGGACCAUUUGUGCUAGAUUCUUCUACUAAAUGGGAAACAUUCGAUCAUCAUCCCGCGACGCCAUUGAGUUCGGCUACUGCAAAUAAUAACCCGAUCCCGCCCAGGUUCAAUUGGGAAUUCUUUGAUUGAAAAAGUUCACAUUUAGUGAAACCUUUUCUUUCUUUUAUCUUGUAUGCUUAUAUAAUUCUUGUGUGGAAGUGUUGUUUUUUUUUUUCAGGCUUCUUCUUCUUCUUCAUCAUCAUCAUUAUGAUUCUUUUGAUGUACUUAUAGAUUUUUGUGUGGCGUUUGUUUAUCGUUCUGGGAAAUAAUAAACAGAGACGCUACAG